AUGUCUUCGGAACGACGUCGAUCAUCGCUUAUGAGGAUUCAUCUUCGUCUUGAUAAGGAAUUAACUAAGUUAUAUAGUCAGGGGAGAGCUGAUGUAAUGGCCACAAACACAAAACAAAUUACUUUAGUAGAGUUUAUUGAGUACCUUCAAUACAAAGUAAAUGAGGCGUUAGGUAGCCUUGAUGGAGGACAAAUACGAGGAUCUCAUCGUCUUAGCCGUUUUCAACAAAAGUUAAAAGAUAAAUCUGGUAUACCAUUAACUGUUCUUACUAUGCCCUUAAGUGGAGAAGAUCGAUCUUUACCUCCUCCUUCGGCAACACCUUCUAUUCACAGUAAUUAUGCACCAUCAAGCUUCCGUAGUGAUGAUUAUGAGGAAUAUGAUAAAAUAAGUGAUGAAGGCUUUUGUAGUUCUUCUACACGUCCAGCUACCAUCAUUGACGAACCCGCCAAUCCAUCACUUUGUAGAGCUUUAUAUGAUUUCGAUCCCAAACAUGAUGACGAAAUCACGAUUCGUGCUGGACAAGUAGUGAUAGUAGAAGAUCGCAUUGGGACAGACUGGCUUAUCGGAUACGUAAUGGGUUCUGAAGGUCGAGCCUCAAAAUCUGGUCGAUUUCCAACAUCUUACGUGGUGUUUUGA